AUGGCAGAGGCCGACAGCGAGCUGCGCCAGCGCGCUCCACCGCGCGAUCCCGAUCCUACCACCAACGAUGCCAACGACGGCAACGACGACGGGAAGAGCAAAGACGGGGACGGCGCCGUCGUCUGGGGCCGCACGCCCUCGGGCACCGUAUUCCGCGUGCCGACCACACACGACGUCGUGCGCGCGCUCCUACACCCCGCGCACCCGAAAUCGCACCUGGACAUGCUGAACAUCACCUCGCUCGCCCUCCAGCUCGCCCUCUUCCUCUUCCUCCCCCCACACGCGCGCAAAAUCUUCUUCUUCCUCUACUUCGCCUUCUGGCGCGCGGCGUACGACGGCGGCCUGGGCGUCGUGCUCACCUGGCAAUCCAAGCGGCGCUGGAUCGUGCGCGAGAUCGGCCGGCGCGGGUGGCUCGACCCCGCCCGGCGCCCGGGCACGCGCGACUGGAUCCGUCGACAACUAGUGCACAAAAUGGGCGCGGACUACUCGUUCGACGCGCUGCCGGUCGAGUACAACGCCUGGCUGCUCUUCCGGCAGGCCGUCGACAUCAUCCUCAUCAACGACUUCCUCUCUUACGUCCUCUUCGCGCUCUCCUGCGUCCGCGUGCCCACGGCCCUCCCGCUCCCCGCGCACGUCGCGCGCCUGACGCUCGGCGGCGUGCUCGUCGCGUUCAACGUCUGGGUCAAGAGCGAGGCGCACGCGGUCGUCACGGACUACGGGUGGUACUGGGGCGACUGCUUCUUCGCGCGCGGCGCGCUCGUGUUCGACGGCGUGUUCGAGCUCGCGCCGCACCCCAUGUACACCGUCGGAUACGCGUGGCUCUACGGGCUUGCGCUGCUCGCGGGCUCGUACCCCGUGCUCCUCACGGCGCUCGCGGCGCACGCGGCGCAGUUCGCGUUCCUCGCGCUGUUCGAGAAUCCGCAUAUCGAGCGCUUUUAUGGGCAGCGGCGGCCGCUGGCUGAGCGCGUUCCUAUUAAGAGGUCCACGAGGAGCAGCCAGGUGCAUACGCGGACGAAUAGUACGAGCGAGCUGGCGUUUGAGAAGCCGAUGGUCGUUGAGGAUGGGGAGGGGGUUGGGAGGGCGAGGGCGUUUAGCGCCGAGAGCGAUCGGGAUGGGAUCGCGGGGACGCCGAGUGUUACGGAGGGCGAGAGCGCGACGGAGACCGAGUUGGAGACUGAGACGGAGGAGCAGGACGUUCAGGUGAGCUGUUCACCGUCUAUCCCCAGUCGAAUUCUGUGA